GGCUCUACUCUUUUCUCGCUAUUAUUCUCCAAACCAAAAGCUCUGAAUAACAGCAAUGGCGGCAGUUGUACAGGAUGUUCUACCCCCUUCUCUAGACUCUUCUUCCGAGCCUCCCACUCUUUUUGAUGGAACAACGAGGUUGUACACAUCUUAUAUAUGCCCAUUUGCCCAGCGUGCUUGGAUUGCACGGAACUAUAAGGGUUUGCAGGAAAAGAUAAAGUUGGUUCCUAUAGAUCUUGAGAACAGACCUACCUGGUACAAGGAAAAAGUUUAUCCCCAAAACAAGGUUCCUUCCCUGGAGCACAAUAAUGAAAUCAGAGGAGAGAGUCUUGAUUUGGUUAAAUACAUUGAUAGCCAUUUUGAAGGGCCUUCCCUUCUCCCUGAGGAUCCUGCGAAGAAAAAGUUUGCAGAAGAGUUGCUAUCCUACUCGGACACCUUUGUUGGAACUGUCUUCUCUUCAUUUAAAGGAGACCCUAAGGCUGAUUUUGGUGCUGUUUUUGAUUACCUGGAAACGGCUCUCUCCAAAUUUGAUGAUGGGCCUUUCUUCCUUGGCCAACAGUUCAGUGAGGUGGAUGUAGCCUAUGCACCAUUUAUCGAAAGAUUUCAACCAUUAUUAUUGGAGGUAAAGAAUUAUGACAUCACCACCGGCAGACCGAAGGUAGCAGCAUGGAUUGAGGAGGUGAACAAGAUCGAGGGCUACAAACAAACUAAACUUGAUCCACAGGAGGUACUUGGAGUCCUGAAAAGAAGGCUCUUCGGUCAUUGAGCAUGUCUGGUUUAAAGUCUCCCUGGGAUCUUCUCAGCUAUGUGGGUCAUGUACCUAGUAUAUGGGAAUGAAGUGAAUAA